AUGAGCCAAUUUGCUUCAUUCUCACUUAAUUGGGGAAAAAAGAGGACAUGUGUGAUGGAAGAUGCUAGCCCCAGCGGUGGAAGAGGAGGUGGAGAUGGGUUUUUGAAUGGUGUUGAAUCAGGGGGGACUAGGGUGGUGGAGAUAGGGGUGGAAAUUGGGGGUGGGUGUGGUUGUCCGCCCCACAUUUUGCGGAGACGAAGAUCACCUGCUACUCCGUCCCCUCCGACAUCAUCAAUUUCUUUCACUGGCAGUUAA